CUUUCACCACCUCAACCAUCCAAAAUACAUACCCAUCCUAAAAUGAGACCUGAAGCCCUCGCGCCUCUCGCACCAAUUUACAGGGUUCGCCCGACAGCAUACAAUCGCCAGGUGACACUUGCCAUCAUCCGCCUAAACGUGCUAAUCAAAUUGCUCGACCGGCAAGAGGAUGAGUUGAACGAUGGUGCCGUCGUGGAUAUUUUUGGAGUGUAUGAAGUCGUGGUGAACCAUCGCAAGAAACAUACACCAUGUAUCAGCUACAUCUGGGGAGAGGCGUUGGGGAUCCUCAGCAAGUAUUUUGAGGACUACUUCCCCAAUGAACUCCUUCCAAUGCUCUCGGAACCUGAGCUCCCGAAAGAACUUAGGGAUUUGCGUGGAUAUGCGGAAUUGCACCACAUACUAAGCACCUAUCCGGCGAGUACUGACUGGAGUACUAUACUGGCGGCCAUCAGUAAGUAUCUCGGAGACAUCUGUCUGUUGGAUCACUUCCAGAACUCUAAGGCUGAGGGUACUGAGCAGUGGGUCUUUAAUAGCCAUGUUAUCGUCUUCGACCGCCCACAGCAUAAAAAGAUGCCAUCCAAAAAGUUAAUUCUUGAGGACACUGAACCGGUCUUUCCAAGCAUCAUUCGCGACUGGAACAUGAGCAUCAGGUACGAUCAACACCAAAAACUUAUCGCCUUGCGCAUGGGCAGGCUGAUCCAGUUGCAUAAGCAGCGUCCUGGACUGGGUAGCGCUGCCAAGCAGGUCAUCAAUGAUCUACAUGAGUUUGUCUCAAUGAACUACGCACAGGAUACACCCGCUGCGGACUCCGCUUGGCUAGAUGCUUUGUUGUGCAUCAACAAAUGCUUUCGCACCCACUUUCCUCACGAGCCGCUUCCAGAGCUUCUGUAA